UCGGGUCCGAGUCGGCCCCGUCCCGGAAGAUGGAUAGAUAAAUAUUAUUGCGUUUCCUUCCGCCGCAAAAUUUUCCGACCAAGAAGGAGGAAUGGGCGUGCUCUCAGUUUAUCCUCGGCCUAUUCCACAUAAAAUCCUUCACGGCUUCCUCUCCACUAGGCCUUUGAGAUCGCGAUUGGUUUCCCUCCCCACUCCAAGGAGAAAUCCUCGUCGAGUUCGGUGCUCUUCGCACUCCGAAGCUACGGAGGAUGGCUUCGUAGUCGUCGAGGAUGACCUCCACGCGCUUCUUCAAAUUUUACCCAAAGAUUUGCGAGAGAAUCUACAAAAUGAACCUAGAAGAGCUCAACUUUUAGAGGUUAUUCUGGAUUUGGGCCGUAAGCCUGAAGCACGUUUCCUUGGGGAAUCUGGUGGGCAGUAUCUGAGGAAUACAGAGAUUUCACUGGAUGAGUUGGUGGAAGCUCAGAAAGCAGUUGGAGAAUUUGGAGGAGACAACCGUGCUGGCAUUGAAGGUACCUUGCACAGAAUAUCUGCAAUAAGGAGUAGGAAAGGGCUUAUUGUUGGGUUGACGUGUAGAGUUGGACGAGCAGUUACUGGUCAUGUUGACAUGGUCCGUGAUCUCCUGCAAUACCAUGAAAGCAUCCUCUUUCUAGGAAGGCCUGGAGUUGGUAAGACUACUGUCAUGCGUGAGAUUGCACGUGUCUUGGCUGAUGAACUUCAAAAGCGAGUGGUAAUUGUGGACACUAGCAAUGAGAUUGGUGGAGAUGGGGAUAUUCCUCACGCAGCAAUAGGGGGUGCAAGGAGAAUGCAAGUUCCAGAACCAUCCUUGCAGCACAGACUCAUGAUUGAAGCAGUCGAGAAUCAUAUGCCUGAGGUGGUAAUUGUUGACGAGAUUGGUACUGAAGCAGAGGCAGUUGCUUGUAGGUCAAUUGCAGAAAGGGGAGUGAUGCUUAUCGGUACUGCCCAUGGAGAACAUUUGGGAAAUAUCAUUAAAAACCCCACUCUUUCUGAUCUGGUUGGGGGAGUGGAAACUGUUACUCUAGGUGAUGAUGAGGCUCGAGCUAGACGUAGCCAGAAAAGCAUUCUUGAGAGGAAAGCUCCUCCAACAUUUCCUUUCCUUAUUGAGAUGAGGGAACGGAACUACUGGGUCGCUCACCGAACCGAAAGGAGUGUUGAUAUGUUGCUCCACAGCAAAAUGCCAUUGGUAGAGGUGAGAAAGAGGGAUGACCAGUUCAAGGUUGUAAUUCAAAGAUGGAUAACAUAUGAUGGAGAGGGAAUAUAGUGAGCUUUUGCAUCAUCGGUUAUAACAAAAUAUGGACCCUUAAAGGACUGCUCGGCCUUGGUUUACCAUAAAAACCGGACUGCUUGGCCUGGACAAUGGUGUCAAAAAGGUUGCAAAUUGUUGAUUGGAUUGUCCAGCUCAGCUCCACACAUGCUGGUUCCAUGGCCUAAAUUUUGUCGAAUAUCUAGUGAAGGUACUAUUGUGGCUGCUGUAUCUUCCCUUGAAGGAGAAGUUACUGGCAUUUCAGAAAUGCAUUGAAACUGCCUUCUUUGCUCUUACGUAUCAGACUAAAAGAACUCAAUAUGUUACUACUUUCUGGUC